AUAACAUUUUCUCCUGGAGAUUUUGUAAAGUAUUUGUUGAUAUCAUCUUGGUAUAUUUUCGGUGCAGCGAGAAUUAACCCCCAGGCCCCACCAUCUCGGUCAUCAAAUCAUGCAUUCGAUCACCGUAGAUUUUAUGACAGAUACAUGGGCAGCGUCAGAUGACGAGGGAUAUCGGUACGAAACCGCCAUGCAAUGCGACGACCACCACCCCACUGCUUCCCGCAACUCCUGUCUCAGUAUCGCUUCGCGCUCUCCCGCGGCAAUGGCAUCCCCCCGCACCCCCACGCCUUCCCUCCCCUCCUCAAGGCCUGUGCCUCCCUCGGCCUCUUCCCCCUCGGCCUCGCCCUCCACCUCCAUGCCAUCAUCUUUGGUUACUUCCCCUGCGACCCUUACAUCUCCUCCUCCCUCCUCCACAUGUACUCCCAGAACGGCGACCUCGCCAGCGCCCGUCGUGUAUUCGACCAAAUGCCACUCCCUCUCCGCAACACCGUCGUCCCCUGGUCCGCCAUCAUCGCCGCGCACUCCCGAGCAGGCGACGCCGCCGCGGCCUUCUCUCUGUACAACCAAAUGCGCGGCCUUGAAAUCCAGCCCAAUUCGAUCACUCUGUUAUCUCUGCUCUCGGCGGCGGUCUCACGGCUCGACCAUUUGCAAUGCCUGCACGCCUCCGCGAUCCGACAUGGUUUUGAGGCCGAUCUCGUCCUCACUAAUUCGAUGCUGAAUGUGUAUGCUACAUGCGGAAGACCCGAUCUCGCUCGGAGAUUGUUCGAUUCGAUGCCGCUGAGAGACAUCGUCUCAUGGAAUUCUAUGCUUUCAGGCUACGCUCGGACUGACGGAUGUGUAGCCGGAUUGAUUGAUUUGUUCAGGAGAAUGAGAGUCGUGAAAGGCAUCCAUCCUGAUCAUCAAACUUAUGGGUCUUUGAUAUCAUGCUUCACAAACACAAAGAAUGGAGGAGGAGAAGUAUCGAUACAAUUAGGCAAGUCAGUUCACGCCCUGGUCGUCACCUCUGGAGUUGGAAUGGAUGCCCAUGUCCAGACUGCUCUUGUCAGCAUGUACCUGAAAUUUGGAAGAUUGAAUGAUGCAUUUCUGCUCUUCGACCAAGCUCAGGAUCAUCGAGACAUUGUAUUGUGGACUGCCAUGAUCUCGGGUCUCGCCCAAAAUGAUGGAGCUGACAAGGCUUUGGUUGUUUUCUCCCAGAUGUUGAGCUCGGGAGUCAUUCCGGCAACCACAACAAUAGCUAGUGCUUUAUCAGCUUGUGCUCAGUUGGGUUUGUCUAGUGCAGGGGCAUCCAUCCAUGGCUAUGUCAUCAGGCAGAGAAUGCCAUUAGAUACUGCUGCUCAGAACUCGCUCAUGACCAUGUAUGCAAAAUGCGGUCGUAUAAGGCUGUGCCAAUGUGUCUUUGAUAUGAUGCAGGAUCGAGAUCUUGUCUCAUGGAAUGCAGUGAUUUCGGGUCAUGGUCAGAGUGGCCAUUUAGCAGAGGCGUUCAUUCUUUUCAGGAGAAUGAGAUUGGCGCAACAAAGGGCCGAUGCGGUCACCAUGGUUUCACUCCUCCAGGCCUGUGCAUCUGUAGGGGGUCUUCACCAUGGGAAAUCAGUUCACAACUUCGUAAUCAGACAUGGGCUGCAUCUCUCUAUCUCCAUUGACACAUCUCUGGUUGAUAUGUACUCAAAAUGUGGCGAUCUAGAGGCUGCUAGAACGUGUUUUGUUUUGAUGCCACAGCAGGAUCUUGUGUCAUGGAGUGCGAUUAUCUCAGGGUAUGGGAAUCAUGGAAUGGGAAUUCUUGCUCUUAAAAUGUUUGAGGAGUUCCUCAGUAAGGGAAUGCAGCCAAAUGAUGUCAUGUUUCUAGCUGUGCUUUCGGCUUGUAGUCAUGCAGGGCUCAUUUCAGAAGGUCUAAAAAUAUUCAACUCCAUGGAAGAGGAUUAUGGUGUGGUACCCAGGCUCGAGCAUUGUGCAUGCAUCAUUGAUAUGCUUUGUAGGGCUAAGAUGGUGAAAGAAGCGCUUGACUUCAUAAAGACAAUGCCAUCAAAGUGCACUCCUGAUGUUUUAGGGAUACUUCUUGAUGCUUGUAGGACAAAUGGAUUUGUACAUCUUACAGAAGAGGUUGCGACAGAGAUUGUCAGAUUGAGGCCUGAAUCUGCUGGAAAUUAUGUCCAGUUGGCAAAUAGCUAUGCUGUGAUGAGAAGGUGGGAUGGUGUGGGGGAGACAUGGGCACAGAUGAGAGCAUUGGGCCUCAAGAAGACACCUGGAUGGAGUUUUAUCGAGUUGAAUGGGACCAUCACGACAUUCUUUGCAGAUCAUUCUUCGCAUCCGCAGCAUGACGAAAUGGUAUCACUGUUGAAGAUCUUGGAUGGUGAGAUGAGGGAAAUUAGCAAAAGCUCCACUCCUAAGCUAUAUGGGAUCAGCUGCAAUUUCCAUGAAUUCUUUGAACAGGUGCCAAUUUCCCAUGUUAACUUUGAAAAACAAUGCUCUCAUUGGGCUUUGCCAUCCCAACCUUAAAAUUGGAUAUUGGUCAUAGAAGAUACUGAUAAAAAAGCACCGAAUUUGGGGAGACCGAUUUAGUCAGACAAUGUAGAGGUUUCAACCAGUGAUGCCUGAAACUGCAGUCAGGACUCUGACGAAGGAGCUUCUGGCAAUACUUGCAUAUUGUGAUGAUUUACUAGUUGAUCUAGUGGGCUGUCAGUUGUGGAACUGCCAUGUGCAGUGCAGAUGCCAAGGAAUUUUUAUUUCCUUCUCAUUUUAGAACAUACAUGUUAGAACCACCUCUGCAUCACCAACAAGAAAUGAGAAUCGGUCAGCUCUACUGCAGCCAGUGAUAUAUCGAAUUCCAAUGAGUUUUAUCCCCGAGAUGUACCUUGAAGGAUCAUGAAGACAAGGAAGCCAUCAUCUGAUUAUAUUGGGAUUGCAAGAUGGCUGGCGUGAGUGGAGCCAAUAUCAUGCCGCAGUUCAGAUGCAUGGCAAGCUGAAGGUGACCUUUUGUUCCUGAAGGAUUUCUGAUUUCUUGUAUCCGAUACAUGUAAUGGACAUGCUUGGGUCAAGAGAAGGGACCGUUCUCUCGCAAUGGAAAGGAUGCUGCUGGCGGGAGACGCUUGGGAUCGUUCCUAAAUUAGUUUCUUGCAUGAUACAUAGAAAGAUGUUCCGAUUAGUUUUUAUUGUUAGUGGCAGGUCAUUAGGUGUUCGGUUUUUAUCGUUAGUGACAGGUCAUUAGGCAAAACUCUACUGUCAUUAUUAUAAUCCGGAGAAGUGAAUCCCUGAACUUUCAUUCAAUAAUAAAUUGCUUAUGGU